CUCACUGAGUCAACUCGUCUCUCUCUUUUCCGUUUCUCAGUUUCAUCUCUCUAACCAAGAAGGUAAAAAAAAACGCCGAUUCGUCGAGAAAGUGAAACGCAGAUCGAUCACUGAAAGCAGACUUAGAUAUUGUGGUGCUUUCGAUCAUCGGGAGAGUCUCUGCCAUGAAUGGGAACAACGGAGGAUCAGUUCCGAUUGAGAAAUGUAACGCGAGCGUGGUUUACAUGUCCGGCUACCUACCAGGAGCCUCGCCGGAAAAGUCUCCGAUUCUCUCUCCUGUUCCCGUGCGGUUACCGGCGGCUAUUCACGGCGAGGGUUCAUGGAAAGACGUGUGCGGCGGCGGUUGUGGAUUCGCUAUGGCUAUCUCAGAGAAUGGGAAGCUUAUAACUUGGGGGUCUUCUGAUGAUGAAGGACAGAGCUAUGUAGCUUCUGGAAAGCAUGGGGAAACUCCAGAGCCGUUUCCACUUCCCUCCGAGGCUCCAGUCAUACAGGCUUCUGCAGGAUGGGCACAUUGUGCCGUUGUAACAGAGGCUGGUGAAGCGUUUACUUGGGGUUGGAAGGAGUGCAUUCCAUCAAAGGAUGUUGGUGGGAAGCAGCAGAGUGUCUCGAGUGAGCAAGGUACAAAUGCAUCAAGCGGUCAGAAUGAGAACAGAAAGGUGGGAGAGGAACCAGUGAAGCGGAGACGGGUUUCAACCACCAAAGAUGAAACGGAAGGCCUUACAUCUGGAGAGGACUACUUUGCUACAACACCUUCGCUUGUGAGUGUUGGCCUCGGAGUGAGGAUCACCAGCGUUGCUACUGGUGGUCGGCAUACUCUAGCAUUGUCAGAUAUAGGACAGGUUUGGGGUUGGGGAUAUGGAGGCGAAGGGCAGUUAGGAUUGGGUUCCAGGAUUAAAAUGGUUUCAGCUCCUCAUCUGAUACCUUUCCUUGAAUCACCUGGCUCUGGAAAAGAAAGAUCUUUUGUUUUGCAUCAAGGGACAUCAACCACGUCAAGAGUUCCUGGUCAGUAUAUAAAGGCGAUUUCAUGUGGAGGGCGUCAUAGUGCGGCAAUUACAGUUGCAGAUGCUGGAGGGUUAAUAACUUUUGGCUGGGGACUCUAUGGACAGUGUGGCCACGGGAACACAAAUGAUCAGUUAAGGCCCAUGGCUGUGGCAGAAGUGCAGAAUGUUCAGAUGGAAAGCAUAGCAGCUGGACUGUGGCAUACUAUUUGCAUCUCAAGUGAGGGUAAAGUGUUCGCCUUCGGUGGAAACCAAUUUGGGCAACUGGGAACUGGCACUGAUCAUGCUGAGACCAUACCGAGGUUGCUGGAUGGGCAGAACAUGGAGAACAAACAUGCAAUGGCAGUUAGCUGUGGAGCGCGACAUAGUGCGGUUUUGACAGAUGAUGGUCAGUUGCUAUGCUGGGGAUGGAACAAAUACGGCCAGCUGGGUCUAGGGGACACGAUUGACCGGAACAUUCCGACACAAGUCCAGCUCGACGGCUGCAGACUGAGAAAAGUGGCGUGUGGAUGGUGGCAUACUUUACUACUAGCUGACUCACCCACCUGAGCUUUCCCAAACCUCAAUAUACAUUUUCAGGGUUUCCUUCUUGGUGAAAGAGAUGCUUGUAGGUUUGAUAGAAACUGUACAUACAGGAUAUUUGCUGUAUGUGUGUUUCUUCUUCAAUCUUUCCCUGACUUGAUGUUUUUUAAGGGACAGAUCUUUGACUUUGCAUUGUAUUAUAUGGUAACACAGCAAUAAAACAGCUUUGGUAUGAAAGAAUCUUAGGUCUCGUUGGAUUAAUGUAAAACAUUUGGAUUGCGA